GAAAACAAAACGUUCGUGAAUGAAGUUUUUUUUUUAUUUUUAUGGUAUAGUAAAUUAAAUUUCUAUUAUGGACAUUAUUUAUAAAAUAACUCACAUUGUAAUUUAAAUCAACAAUCUUUUUGAUACAAUUAGUGCAUAUGAAAUUAAAGACAUGACAUUGCUUUGUUACAAGAGCAGGAACUUUACGCCAAAAAGUGCGACUGCGCACUGGCCAAAUUAGUAGUGUGAAAGAAAAUGGCGAUCAGCGAAAGGCGUCCGGAGUUAACGUGAUGAAAAACAUUGUUAAAAGCUCAAUUACAUAGUGUUAUAGUUAUUAAUUGUGUCAGAUGUAGAUUAAUUAAGUGUUAAUGAAUAGUGAUUGUGUAUAAAAAUGGCUGCGAAUAUGUACAGAGUCGGCGACUGCGUCUAUUUCGAGACGUCGCCGAAAUCUCCGUACCAAAUCCGGCGGAUAGAGGAACUGAACAAGACGGCGUCUGGAAACGUUGAAGCAAAAGUCAUGUGCUUCUACAGGCGGCGGGACCUGCCGAACCCUCUUAUACAAUUAGCUGAUAAGCAUCAAAUGGCCCAGUCAGAAGACUCACCGGUCGCGAUGAAACUCAAAAAAAUAUGCCUUAAGACGCCGAUAGGCGAGGAACAGGCGGCACAAGCAGUCCUUGACCCUGCGCUAGUGGCGAUGGAGGAGGAAUCUACCGAACUGCCAGGCACGGACGGCCUGGCGCCGAAGCAGCGGCACCAGGCGAAACACCGCGAGCUGUUCCUGUCGCGGCACGUGGAAACGUUGCCGGCGACGCACAUACGCGGCAAGUGCACCGUCACGCUACUCAACGAGACGGAGUCACUGCUCAGCUAUCUCAAUAAGGAUGACGCAUUUUUUUAUUGUUUAGUAUUUGAUCCUUCACAAAAGACUUUAUUAGCAGAUAAGGGAGAAAUCAGAGUCGGAAGUAGAUAUCAGACUGAAGUAACUAAUUUAUUAAAAGAAGGCGAGGACGAUCCGCGCAACAGUGAAGAUUUAGAAACACUAGUGUGGACGCCAGAACAUGGUCUGACAGACCGACAAAUCGACCAAUUCCUAGUGGUAUCCCGUUCGGUGGGCACGUUCGCGCGCGCACUCGAUUGCUCCUCCAGUGUUAAACAGCCCUCGUUGCAUAUGUCCGCCGCCGCCGCCAGCCGCGAUAUCACACUUUUCCACGCAAUGGACACACUACACAAGUCCGGAUACAGCAUAGAGUCGGCACUGUCAUCGCUGGUGCCCGCAUCGGGGCCAGUUCUUUGCCGAGAUGAGAUGGAAGAGUGGUCCGCCUCCGAAGCCAACCUUUUCGAGGAAGCACUCGAUAAAUACGGCAAGGAUUUUGCCGACAUACGGCAGGACUUUUUGCCAUGGAAGACGCUAAAGAACCUCGUGGAGUACUACUACAUGUGGAAGACGACAGACCGCUACGUGCAACAGAAGCGCGUCAAGGCGGUCGAAGCGGAGUCCAAGCUGAAACAAGUGUACAUUCCCAACUAUAACAAGCCAAAUCAGGCGUUAAUCACAAGUAACAGCAACACUGGUGGAGGCAAGGCCGGUGCGGUGCUCAAUGGCGGCACCAACGGUACCGCCGCCAUGGCCGCAGCGCAACUCUGCGCCUCAUGUCAAGUGACAAAUGCAAACCAGUGGUAUGCAUGGGGUCCAGAACAUUUACAAUACAGAUUGUGUGGCUCAUGCUGGAAUUAUUGGAAGAAAUAUGGUGGACUUAAGACGGCGACAGUGUUCGGCGAGAGCGAUGUGGAAGCGGCGAAGGGUCCGCGCGGGGAGGGCGAAGACGCUGCACUCUCCGUAUCGCACCGUCCCCAUCGCUGCACCGUACUCAACUGCGCGAAGGAGUUCAAGCUGCGCGCGCACCUGGCGCGACACGUCGCGACGGCGCACGGCAGCGGCGAGGGCGCGCGGCCGGUGAUGAAGACGCGCGCCGCGUUCUACCUGCGCGCGUCUCCGUUCACGCGCCUCGCGCGCCGUUUGUCGCGCGCGCUCCGCCGUCCGCGACACUACGCUCGCUCGCCGUUUUCGCCCAUAAAUCUCGCGCAAGUCAAACACGAGUGUUCGAUGGCGAUGGCUGGCGGGGGCGGCGCGGAGAUGCGCGCGGGCGGGGGCGCGGGCGCGGGCGGGGGCGGCGGCGGCACGGCGCGGGCGCGCGGCGCGGUGGGCGCGGUGGCCACGCGGCUGGCGGCGGCGCGCGGCGCGGCCCCCGCCGUGUCGGCGCGCGCGCACGACUGGCUGCUGCUCACGCCCAAGGACCGCAUGCCGGCGCCCGCGCACGUCGCCUUCCCCAAACCACCCAAGGCGCCAGACGGCAGCCUGAUGUACGAGCGCGUGGUGUCGCGCGGAGAGUUGGAAGCGCGACGUGCGGAGACGGCGCCCGCACCCGCAGCCGCGCCGCCGCUCAAACGACGAGCGUACGACGACAUCAACGGACUCGACAGAGUGGGAGGUCCGCGCGAGGCGGUGCCCGCGCCGCCGCCGGCCAAGCGGCCCAACAAGCACCCCGCGCCCAUGCAGCGGCCCUCGCGCGAGCAGUACGCCGCCAUGUGCGCGCGCGCGCAGGCCACGGGGCAGCCGCUGCCCGCGCACGUCUUCGCACACGUGAACGGCAAACCAACAAAUAUAACCGGCCGCGGUGGGCGCCGCCAUGUCAUAUCGUGGAUGGACGCCCCGGAUGACCUCUAUUUUAGAGCCACAGAAACCGCCAAGUCGGCCCGGCGAACGCUGAGCUGCGGCGAGCUGAGACGCGGCGCGCGGGCCCCGUGGCGAGCGAUGCGCGGGCAGCCCGCGGCGCCGUCCGCGGCGACGACGGGCGCGGCCGCGGGCGGCAAGGCCGCGGGCGCGGGCGCGGGCGCGGGCGCGGCGCCGCCGCUGCAGCUGGUGAUCCUCGACUGA